UAGAACUACACAAUUUGUAAUGUAUGACUUAUUCUCACUCUUGUUUACAAACAAUUCAUGUCAUAACGUUCCAGUUUUCACGUAUUCACGUGUAUCUAGUACUGUAAUCAUAUAUUUAUUCUUCAUGCCAGAAUAAAUAUGCAUUUAAUAUAAGGAAAACCAUGCACCGGGUUGGUAAUCUUCUCUUUGAUUCGAUAUAAAUCGCUGUUUUUAUUACAGCAAUGUUUGUACAUGCCUUUAGAUACAAAAUACCGGGAAAUUUCACAUCGCACGUAUAAUCGGUCAUGCGAAGCGUUGUUAACAUUGAAAGGAAAGCGUGCAGCCAUUUUUUAAGAAAUCUAUUAGAAGGAUCUACUCUCUCGGAUUGAAUAACUGCUACGAAGGUGAUCAUUUGAGCCCCACAGAAUGGCACCAUUUUGGAUUUUAAGCGUUGCGUCAGGCUUGCUGUUCGUAUUGGUGGACAGUAAAUCCAGCGAGACAAUCACCCUUUCAAAGUCCACAUGUUUAGGCUCAACAUUCUACACAGUGGGUGCUACACAAGAAUUUUAUGUUGUUUGGAGUAGAAAUUCUCACUCAGGGGCAUACUUAUCUAGCGAGUGUAGGGUGACGUUUAACCCAACGGAAUCACGAAGUAAAAUCUGCGUGGAGGUGGAGUCCUAUAAUAUACAAGAUUGCAACAUUCAUGUCAAUUAUUACGACAACGAGGCGGCCGUACAGACUCAACAGACAUAUGGCUGUAUGAGUACCCCUGGCAAGUUUUGUGCUGAGGAAAAUGACGAUUUAGACAUAGGAUUAUCAUUUGAUAACAUUUAUAAGUUAUACGAAUCAGAAAGUUCUUUCCGGCUGAGAGUAUAUGCCCAACAACACGAAGACUACACCUGGGUGAUCGGUCUUGUUGCCGUGGUAGCGGUUACUGUGGGGGUUACUGUGUUUUUCAUCAUUAUUUGUCGUCGAAAAAGAUCAACUGGAACUGUAUUCAGAAAUACCGGUAUCCCCCACACACGUCUGAUUAAUACGUCGUCAGGUCCAUCACCGAUGAGCUCGGAUCUUCCACCCCCGUAUCCUGGCAGCGGGACGGUGACAUCAGAGUACACAGUUACCGUCCCUGUCGUGGUGAACACGAGGCAGAUCGUGUGACGUAACAGACAGUUGUUUAUAUGAUCGUUACGUACACGAUUCUUGGUUUGAAAAUCCCUUUCACAAAUAUCUUGUAACAACAUCAAACUGUAUCACUCAUUUUAAAAAGACAAUUCAAGGUUUUAUCUAAGUGUCUUUAAGCUUCAGAUAUAUUUGUACUACAUGUAGAUCUAUACGAUUAUAGGCGAUCAUGCUGCCUGCUAAAUUUUUGUUAUUUCGCGCUAUGCUGCUUGUCAGGUUCAUGAACAUGGCAGGAAACUUCAGUUUCACUCAUUAUAGAUCAUAUUUUUUUUUUACGGUUGUAUUUUAUGUAUCUAGAUGGGUAAAUUUAGUUGUACACUCUAUGUUUAUUUAUGGAGAUGAAGAAUUAUAUUUACAAGCAAUCCCAGAAUACCACAAUCCAUUAUAAACUGACUGCUGCAGUACAGGAUUUAUUUAGCAUCCAUUGUGCUAGGACACGAAAUACGUACAUGUACAGUUACUUAGUCAUUCUUUUGAUUACAUUGUAUUUAAAAGUAUCUUUAUAACUUUAGAUUCACCAUCAGUUCGUUGGUCAUGACUCGACAAGAUCAUAGGGUCACAAAAUAGACAAGGUUGUUUUUUUUUAAUGGUAAUGUUUAUAACAUUGGUUGUUUAAGUAUAUUUGUCACACUGAUGUUGUUGUCCAAUAACAACACAGCAUUUUUAAAGGUUUUCCUAACAAAAAACAUGCGAGAAUUUAAAUAUAUUGUUUUGUAAUAUCAUUGUAUUGAUUUAUAACAUUCAUAGAAUUAUUGAUUUGUAACAUUAAUAUAUUGAUUUGUAACACAUCAACCUUUGGAUUCAGACAACAGACUUGCAUAUUAUCUCCACGUUUUUCUUCCAGGAGUUGGAAUCUCAAAAUGACUGUCUAUUUGUAUGCCAUCAUCAUCAUUAUUGAUUUUUCAUGUCUAUAUUUUUUUAAAUGUAAUAUGUUAUAUACUUUUUAAUAAAUAUAUUUUGAAACACA